GAGUACUCGUGGUUCCUUUUCCCUUCCGUCGGAUGCAUGGAUUACUAGCAGCAGUAGUAGUCGAUAGAUACAAAAAGACCAGAGACACAGGCUCGGUCCUUAGUCAAAAGCAUGACCUGAUUGUUCAACGUUCAACAUGCACACUCAUACAUCAUACAUCUCCGCCAUAGAACUCCGGCCAGUCAUGGCAUCGGAAAUGAUACUUCGUACAUAAUGUACGCAAGAGGUAUCUGGAGGGGCAGGAAGGAAGGAUCUCUCCGGGUGCCAAGUUUGACACUAAGCACCCUAGCAGUAGGAUUUUUACUUUCCCCAAGCGUGACCAGGAGGAUGGUAACUAGACUAAACCGCGGGUUUUGGUUGUUUAGCUACAGAGUGCACACCAGUCUUCCACCCAGUUGUCGAUUCGGUGGCUAUGAACUGGAACUCUGCGAGGAUGGAUCCUGUAUCCCGACAAAGGAUCUAGGGAGCAACAUCGUCAUCAUCAUCAUCAUGAUCAUCAACAACAACACAACAACCACCAGCAUACUCCAAGGCUCAGGCCACUGGGGAAAGAAAGCCUGGUCAUCCUCGGUCGGACUAAGAAGGUUAGAUGAGGUGAAGACCCAAUCCAGAAGGAUAGCGUGGUCUUUCGGCAUUACUCCGGUCAGCUUCGGAAAAACCACCCUGGCCAGGGUAAAAGUGCCGAGGGAAGUUCCCGGUCAAUCCCUCCAGGAGGCCCCGACUCACAGCACUUCCUUGUCUACGAUCUUGCGGACCAUCCCCGACUCGGGCGAAUGA